UUUGUCAAUCUUUUCUCAUUAAUGUGCGGAUUUUCGGUGCGCACUUUCGAAGUAUUAUCAGGGGGAUAUGUCGUAAAUUUAGCUGAAUGAAUGAAAAAUUCAAAUAUUUUUCAUGGAUGGGGUCUAAUCUAAUGUCAAGCUGGUUGUGAAGGUGUUCGAUUUGGUCCUCUCGACCUCAGACGGAGUCCCCAUGGCUGCUGGAGUGGCGGCCUGGCUCCCCUUUGCUCGGGCAGCGGCUAUAGGAUGGAUGCCUGUGGCCAACUUACCCAUGCCUGUUGCACCAACAAAUAAGAACAAGCGACAGGAUGAGCUCAUUAUCCUCAAUGUCAGUGGCCGACGCUUCCAGACCUGGCGGAACACUCUAGAUCGUUACCCUGAUACACUCCUGGGGAGCUCAGAAAAAGAGUUCUUCUUCAAUGAGGAGACCAGGGAGUAUUUCUUUGACCGAGAUCCGGAUGUAUUUAGAAGUAUUCUUAACUUUUACCGCACAGGGAAGUUGCACUACCCACGCUAUGAGUGCAUCUCUGCCUAUGAUGAGGAGCUGUCAUUCUUCGGAAUCAUUCCUGAGAUCAUCAGUGACUGCUGCUAUGAAGAGUAUAAGGACCGCAAGAGAGAGAACAUUGAACGUCUUAUGGAUGACCUUGAGGACAACAAAGACAGCAAACUCCCCAACAUGACAUUCCGCGAGACCAUGUGGAGGGCCUUUGAGAACCCACACACUAGCACCAUGGCGUUGGUUUUCUACUAUGUAACUGGCUUCUUCAUUGCCAUAUCUGUCAUCACUAAUGUGGUUGAGACAGUUCCGUGUGGUUUGAUGAUGAAUCAAAGGGACAUUCCUUGCGGGGAACGCUACACAGAGUCAUUUUUCUGUAUGGACACAGCGUGCGUUAUGAUCUUUACGGUGGAGUAUCUGAUGCGACUGUUUGCGGCACCCAGCAGGUACCGUUUCAUGCGUAGCGUGAUGAGCAUUAUCGAUGUGGUGGCAAUCCUGCCGUAUUACAUCGGACUCUUCAUGACCAACAACGAGGAUGUGAGUGGAGCCUUCGUCACACUACGAGUGUUCCGCGUCUUCCGGAUCUUUAAAUUCUCUCGCCACUCUCAGGGUCUCCGAAUCCUUGGCUACACGCUGAAGAGCUGUGCGUCCGAACUUGGCUUCCUUCUCUUCUCCCUCUCCAUGGCCAUCAUCAUCUUUGCCACCGUGAUGUUUUACGCUGAGAAAGGCUCCACAUCCAGCAAGUUCACAAGCAUCCCAGCCUCCUUCUGGUACACCAUUGUAACCAUGACAACUCUGGGGUAUGGAGAUAUGGUCCCUAAGACUAUAGCAGGGAAGGUCUUUGGCUCCAUCUGUUCUCUAAGUGGGGUGCUGGUCAUUGCUCUGCCAGUUCCUGUUAUUGUUUCCAACUUCAGCCGCAUUUACCAUCAAAACCAGAGAGCUGACAAGCGUCGGGCUCAGAAAGUUCAGAAAGCCCGACUGGCCCGAAUGAGAAUUUCCAAGAGUGGCAGCUCUACCGCCUUCCUGCAUAGCAAACGAAAUGGACUCAACCAAUCACUGGAGCUAACGCAGCUCCCCUAUUACAAGAUGAAACUUUCACCACAGGGCUCCAUAGAGGAAGACCAGCAAAUGAAAAAGACCACGUCUUUUCUGGAAAGUCAACACCACCAUCUUCUUCACUGCCUAGAGAAGACCACGAAUCAUGAGUUUGUGGAUGAGCGGCUGUACGAACAGGGGUAUCUUCAGACAACACACCAGAACUUCCCAUCGAGAAGUCCGUCUCUGUCCAGUGAGGAGGGCAUCACAGGCACCUGUUGCUCUCGGAGAGUCAAGAAAAACAUCCAGCCUCUCAAUGCCACACACUCACAUUCACACACACACAACCUACAGGAGCUCAGCGCCUUACACAUCCAAUGUGGGGAACAGCAGCCGCUAAACACCAGUCGUUCCAGUCUCAAUCUGAUAUCGGAUGAAUCGGGGAGCCUGAACUGCAAGAGCAGUGGACUGGUUACCACGGCAAUCAUCAGUAUCCCCACCCCUCCCUCAAACAACUCUAGAGCCAGCCUUGAUGUCCCACCCUCUCCACACCCUGAAGCUCCGCCUCUUCUGAACCCCUGCACUGACGUGGUGAAAAUCUCUUCGCUGUAAGGGACAGAACUCAGGAAGAGAAACUGAUGAGUAGACUGCCCCCUAGUGGGAGAUAUAGUGCACUGUCUCAGACUCCCAAAGACACAAAAAAAGAGGAAGAUGAAAAAGGAUGUGUGUGUGUAAAGCGAGAAAGCAGGACAACCACAAGUAUUCGAUCGCUCUCCUUCAGGACUGAUGCAAUGAGAGUGUCACUGUGCAUACAAUUUUUUUUUUUUAAACUACUUGAUGAGAAAGAUGAAUAUUUUGACUAGAGAAGAAGGUACAAGAGGUCUUGUCAAAGCUUUUUUUUCAUCCUCUCAAAAAGCCUCUGCUCUCUUUAUCCUAAUAAUGUUUUUGUUUUUUUUAUCUAGCAUCAUUCCAAUAGUAUAAAAGAAAAUCAUAAUUAGAGUCUAAAGAUAACUAUAUGAGUGUGUAUUAGAAUAUAAGUUAUUCUUUUUGGAAUAUGUGUGAAUUUGUGGGUUAGAUUAAGUUAGAACGCGCGCAUGUGUGUGUGUGUGUGUGUGUGUGUGUGUGUGUGUGUGUGUGUGUGUGUGUGUGUUACAGAUUAUCCCUCAAACUCUCAGCCUCUCACACAGUUCGUGCCUCUCAGGGGGAGGAGAGUUUCCUUCUAAGCGACUAUCUCUCCUUGAUUCCAAAACAUUGAGCUGAAUUUGUAACGUCAUUUGUGACCAAUCAAACAGUCCUAUGUAAUAUAGAACCAAAAGAAACAAGAGAGAAAGAAACAUAGAAGUGUUUUAAAAAACUCUGUGACUACAAGCACAAGAUAAAAGGUGAUAUUUUGUGAUUACAAUGUGUAUCAAGCCUUGGUUUAACUGUGAAUAUUGUUGAUAGAAUAUUUUGUAAUAUUUAGCCAUUGUUUGGCAAAACCAGAGCAGCUGCCUUCCCCGCCCCUUUAUGUAUGCCCCGUCCCUUUCCUCUGUCCACUGCUGGCCUGCUUUCUGUAGUUGUUCUGAUCUAAGUGUUAUCGUCAUUAUCGCUCAAUGGGUAUUAUAAAAAACGUGUCUAGUUUUCGUAAACUCUACAUGGGUAGGAAACUUUUGGUGUUUGUGUCUUUUCAUUAACGGUGAAUGUUUUUAAUUCUUGAUUUUCAGUUAUUUGUUGAUGUUAGAAGAGAAACCAACAACUGUACGAACCAAUCAGAGCUAUUCUACAUUUCUCUCCCUGUAAAUUUCCUCCUUUUUCUGUCUUUGUCCUUUAAUGUCAGCCAUGUUCAGGAGAAUGGCAUUGCAAACAAGAGAGUUCAAAUUUGUAAUCGAAAAUUGUCCAGGUUUAGUCUGCGUCAUGUUGUCCAAUUAAAGGAACACCAUUUCAAUACAAGUUAAGCUCAAUCAACAGCAGUUGUGGCAUAAAAUUUAUUUUGACUUGUCCCUCUUUUUCAUUAAAAAAAGCAAAAAUCGAUGUUCCAGUGAUGCACUUACAAUGGAAGUGAAUGAGGCUAAUCCAUAAAUGUUAAAAUACCCACUGUUUCAAAAGUAUAGACGAAAGCAACAAGACGAAAACAAAAUGUGUAUUAACAUGAUUGUAGUGUGAUAAAAUCACUUACUAACCUUUUCUGUGUAAAGUUAUAGCCAAUUUUACAACUUUGUUGCCAUGACGAUGUAGUCAACA